AUGGCUUCCGCCGGUCGUCCUUCCGUGGUUCGGCGAUACCUCAAACCGAUCCUGUACUCGGCCGCUGCCCUCGCCGGCGUUGGCGGAACCGUCAUCUACAUAUCCUAUCGUCCCAUCAAUGUCCCCGGUUCGCAGGGCGCGCUCGUGCCGACACCCCGUGCCGAGGACGGGACCAUCAUCCCUCCCAAAUUUCCGCAUAUCAAGUCCCGAGACGAGCAGAUUGCCGACUUGCGAAAAAGUGGUGGCUUGGUUGGCGCGGCCUCGGAGACUCCAAUUACUCAGCAGGUGAAGAAUAGCUUUGAUCGAUUGAAGGGGGCGACAAACGAUAACAAGGAGACAUCGCUCCCCGAGGACCAGGAAGCUGGCGAACCGUACGACCUCCUAGUGAUUGGCGGAGGAGCCACCGGAUCCGGCAUUGCUCUGGAUGCCGCGACCCGGGGCUUGAAAGUGGCACUGGUGGAGCGCGACGACUUCGCCGCCGGAACGAGCAGCAAGAGCACGAAGCUGGUCCAUGGCGGUGUCCGCUAUCUCGAAAAGGCCGUCUGGAAUCUCGACUACAAUCAAUAUGCCCUGGUCAAAGAAGCCCUCCGAGAGAGGAAGUACUUCCUCGACACUGCGCCUCAUCUUUCUUCCUGGCUGCCUAUCAUGAUUCCUUUGCAACGAUGGUGGCAGGCUCCUUACUUCUGGGCUGGCACGAAAAUGUAUGAUUUCCUGGCUGGUAGUGAAGGUAUCGAGACCAGUUAUUUCUUGACCAAAAGCAAGGCCUUGGACGCAUUCCCCAUGUUGAAAAAGGACGAUCUCAUCGGCGCUUUGGUCUACUAUGAUGGAGCACACAAUGACAGUCGUAUGAAUGUGUCUAUUGCUGCUACAGCUGCGCUCUACGGUGCCACGGUCGUCAACCAUAUGGAAGUGACCAGCUUGACCAAGGGCGAGAAUGGUAGACUGAACGGCGCCGUCGUCAAAGACGUGAUUGCAGAGAAAAAUGGCAAGCCCGCACCUCCCAUCACCAUUCGCGCAAAGGGUGUCAUCAACGCAACCGGUCCGUUCACUGAUUCAAUUCGUAAAAUGGAUGACCCCUCGGUGCAGGAGAUUGUCGCUCCCAGCUCCGGUGUACACGUCGUUCUCCCCGGAUACUACAGUCCUCAGAAGAACUCGAUGGGCCUGAUUGACCCGGCUACUUCGGACGGUCGCGUUAUCUUCUUCCUACCAUGGCAGGGCAACACCAUCGCCGGCACCACGGAUGCUCCUUGCAACAUCACUCCUCAGCCCAUCGCCGGAGAAGACGAGAUCAACUGGAUCUUGAACGAGAUUAGAGGCUACCUGUCCCCCGAUAUUAAUGUUCGACGAGGCGAUGUACUGGCUGCCUGGUCAGGCAUCCGGCCAUUGGUCAAAGAUCCUAAGGCGAAGAAUACCGAGUCGUUGGUGCGAAACCAUUUGGUGACGGUCUCAGAAUCUGGUCUGCUCACAUGUGCUGGUGGCAAAUGGACAACAUAUCGUCAAAUGGCCGAGGAUGCAGUGGAUGAAGCUAUCAAGCAAUUCAACCUUGAGACGAAGCCGCUUACGGCACCUGUGAGAAUCAGUGGUACUGAAGUGUAUGACGAUGCUGCCCCCUUGGACGGCACCUGCCAGACCCAUCAGGUCCGACUUGUGGGCGCGCAUGGAUACUCCAAGACCCUUUUCAUCAGCUUGAUUCAACACUUUGGCAUUGAAACCGAGGUUGCCAAGCACCUUGCCGAAGCCUACGGAGAUCGUGCCUGGACUGUGGCCGCUCUUUCGAGCCCAACUGGUCAACGAUUUCCUGUGCGAGGCCAACGGAUUUCCCAGCUGUACCCUUACAUUGACGGUGAAGUACGAUAUGCGGUUCGACAUGAAUUCGCUCAAUCUGCCGCGGAUGUGCUCGCGCGGAGGACUAGACUGGCCUUCUUGAACGCUCAGGCUGCUUUGGAAGCGUUGCCUCGGGUUAUUGACCUGAUGGCCGAAGAGCUGAAAUGGGACAAGAAACGCCAAGAUUUGGAAUGGAAGGAGACGGUCAACUUUUUGGCGUCCAUGGGCCUCCCCAAGAGUAAGUUGGGCAUAUCACGAAAGGAAGUCGAGAGUGGCAAGGCAGGGUUCGCGGAUGAGUAUGAACGAAAGCUGUACUCGAGAUACGAUGGACCAGCAGACACCCUUGAGAGCGACUCUAAGGUCCAGCCAGGCCACAACCCUGUUUUGGGACAAGAUUCUCCGGCCAACGGCUAG